AUGAGGUUCACCGACUUGCCCAUAGAAGUAAUCGAUGAUAUCUUUAGCGACAUUGUUUCACUCGCGCAUGUGCCGCGAGAUAUUAGAUUACACUGGUAUAGGCACUUAAAAGGGUUUACGAUAUUGAGGCUACUCCAGCUGACCGAGUUACAAAGAAUCCAAAACAACGAGCUAAGCUUUUAUAUCGAUUUUGGAUUGGACAAUGCCCGAACGAAAAGUACCAAGUCUCUUGUCAUUCAUUACAAAGAAGUGUUGCCAUUUGUGAAUCACAAAACAUUUUUGGUGUUGCCGUUUGCUCAAGUAUGGCCAGGAUCUGAAAUGUAUAUUGGUUUUUGGAGACUAUACUUGUUUACGUACCCGUUUUGUCUCGAUGCUUGGAACCAUUGGAACGGUAAUGAGUUACGUUUAUCGGACAUUGCGACAUUGAAGCCAAUAUGGUCGCAUUUUCCAGAUUCGUAUCAUACAAAUGUUCAGUCUCUUAUUGAAGAUAAUCCUGACCUUAAAGCUCAAAUCCACUUGACCAGAAGGAGCAUUUUCGCGAAAAUGCACAUGAUGUAUUUGCACUUGUGUCCUAGCUCCUUGAGUGAAUUUUCACGAAUUGACCACGAUCUUGAUCCAAGUACCUUGAGUAUCAAGAUUGUACCAGACGGAUCGCAAACAAUAGUUCGUGAAUUGAGCGGUCACAAAUUUCGAAACUUGGAAGCAUUUUCACUUGAAUAUGUGGGUCCUGAAAGUCAUGUUGACGUUGAAGCUGUAUUAUAUCUCAUUGAUCUUGACAAGAUAAAGCGAUUGGCAUUGCACGUCUCCCUUCUCAACGUUACUGAACUUCUCUGGAGAUUGAAGCAUCGCCGACACGAUUCAUUUACAUUGACCACAUCCGUUUUGACAUAUGGUAGAAUUGGACUGUGUACGUCAUCAAACAUUGCCAAGCUGUUGAAAAUGAAGUUUAAUCGGUACACAAUCUACACCACCGACGAACAAGUUUGUGUAUCACAGCCGCGACUUUCACAAACCGACAACGUACUUACACCAUUACAACAAAGAAGCUUCUAUGGAAGUUACCACUAG